GUUUCCCAUCGGACAGGUUUCGCUGACGUACACCUCCGUCGACGUACCAGCAUGGCGUCAGUGGUCAUUCUUAUUAAUCGCGGCGCGUUGACGUUUGGGACACACUGCCGACAUUUGAAUUGGAAUGUCACAGUCACGCAGGUUCGAGGGAUAAAGCGCUGGAUGAAGGCCUACACACACCUAAUGGCACGAAAGCUAAAGCUUGAAGGUCCUCCACCGCCGAAACCAAGAUCUCAAAAGUCUAAUUGGGAUUACCAUGCUGAGGUUCAGGCUUUCAGCACCCGCCUCCAAGAGAACUUUUCCUUGGAGCUACUGAAAACGGCAUUCAUAAAUCCCUGUUACCUGCAAGCGGAGGAGAACAGGAGACAAGGGCUGGGCAUGGACUCUGAAGUCACAGCUCUUGCUCUGAAACAUAAUAUCGAGUUGAGUGCACAGGGAGAUGCCUUCACGAAAAGCUUCCUUACUGAUUGGUGCAGGGCGAGCUUUCCCAGUCUGCCAACACAAGGGGUGGAAAGUGUCGUGAGACAUCUCACUAGUGUCGAUCUACUGAGCAAUGCCGCUCGAAAUCUUGGCAUUGAGGAUCUAACCAUGAGUUUACAAUUCCCUGUCCCGGACAAUGUGCUUUAUUCUACAUUCAUGGCAGUGAUUGGAGCGCUAUAUGAGAGCAGUGGAAAAGAGCGCACAGGAUAUUUCCUCAGGGAUUUCCUAGUUUCGCAGCUAAUAGGAAAAGACCUGUUUGAUAUGUGGACAGUGGUCAAUCCUAUGGGACUUCUGGUGGAGGAACUAAAUAAGAGGAACGUUCCCCUUCCAGAGCCUCGCCUGAUCAGGUCUGCUGGGUCCAGCACCGUUCUGCCGCUGUAUUUUGUUGGUUUGUACAGUGAUAAGAAGCUCCUGGCCCUGGGUCCAGGUGAGACACUUACUGCAGCAGAGGAGGAGGCAGCUCGAGUGGCCCUGCGGAAACUAUAUGGCUACACUGAGGACCGCAGACCUUUUGACUUUAGUCCACAACCACAGCAUGAGCAUUCUUUACUUCAAUUAGUCAGCAGCAGUUAAUAAAACAAUAACACUUGAGUUGCUACUUGCAGCUGGAGAACAUCUUCCCUACUUAGUGUCAGGGAAAUAAUGUACUUAUUUGGGCCAUUGUCUGUCUUGUGGUCUUUAAAUGUAUAUAUCUAAACAUGAACAGGUUUUGUAUUCACUUUAGGAAUACAUGAAUGAAAAUGAAUGAGCCCUGGGUGAUUUACAGAAAAACAGUCGUUACAAACCUGCCUUGUCUUCAUACUGAAUAUAGAGAGUAAAUAUAAUUUACAAUUGCAAUUAUUUGUUUGUUCACUUAGAAUAAACUCUUUGUUCUGCUGCAAGUGAUUGUUAUAAUCAUUAGUCUGUCUGUCAAUGAGGCACAAAGUAUGUAAUGUAUACAUACCUGCUAUAGACUUAUUUUUAAAAACAUUUUUGCAUCACAUGAUAUAAUGCACAUGUUACAUGUUAUGAGAGGGAGCCUCUUAAGGCAUACCAGCUGUUGGCGGGCACAUAAAAUUGCUUAAUUCCCCAAAUGAGUCUUAUUAUAUAUUUAGAUUUAAUUUCUUUAAGUUCCUUUCUAUUAAACCAUGAAUAUUUAGGUUGAAACGUCCCUGUUGCCCCCCCCCCCCCCCCUCCCAAAAAAAUUCCAGUGGCACUAAGGGGUGCAAGUGGUAGUUAUGUUUGGUGUUCGGCUUAUGAGGGUCCCUUGGAAAAACUAGCCCCUGUCAGGACUGGACAAAAAGAGUUUGAGAAAAGUUUGACAGUAUAGUACUGG